UGAUCCCCACACCUUCAAAAUACUACCAAACAUCGAAAAUGCAAAAAAGAGUGUUAUUUUCGAGCUGAAAUAUUAUUAACAGAAACUCUUGGAGUUAAUCUACGCUAUGUCCAUACGAGAAACUCCCAGAGGUUCGGACGAGAACCUCUACAGCGCUUCAACAGAUAGCUUUUGGGACGUGGGCAAUUUCAAACGAACAGUCAAACGGAUCGACGAUGGUGCGAAAUUAUGCGACGAAUUUAUGAAGCUCGUCGUUGAACGAGCUAACAUUGAAGCCAAAUACGCGUUUAAGUUGAAAGCUUGGUCUAAGAAAUGGGAGGAAUGCGUAAAAAGCGGUCCAGAGUAUGGAACGAUGGAGGCUGCCAUGCUUGGGGCAGUGACGGAGGCUGAGUCAAGGGCUGAAAUUCACAUGCACUGCCGAGAUAAGCUAAUCGACGAAGUCCACGAGUCCAUAAAGAAGUGGAAAAAUGAAAAUUACCAUAAAGGAAUAUUUCAGUGGAAAGAGACGAAAGAAGCUGACGAUGGUUUUACAAGGGCGCAAAAGCCGUGGGCGAAACGCUUAGCAAAAGUUGAACGUGCAAAGAAAGCUUACCAAAAUGCCGCAAGGAUCGCUGAGCAGGCUUCGAAGAUGGAAACCGAAGCCGGUCAUGACGCAGACAAGCCUGCAGAUAAACUGAAAAAGUUACAGGACGCUACAGAAAAAGCGAAACGAGAAAUGGAGAAAUGUAGAGAAAAAUAUGAACUUCGACUCGAGGAAAUUACUGCUUAUAAUUCUCAAUAUGAGCGAGAUAUGAUUCAAGAGUUUGAAAGAUGUCAAGAGAAUGAAGACACAAGACUAACGUUUUUUAAAGACGUUCUUUCUCAGUAUCACAAAUGUUUGGAUAUCUCGGAAAGCCCAGAGUAAGUAUAACUUUUCUUUUUUGUUUAUUAAUUCUUUAGGAAACCGAAAUUAAUUGAUGAAAUUGUUUUAGAAUUAGGCUUAAAUAGCCUGUUGCAAAUUAAUAGAAGCUUAAGUCUUUAAAGCCCAUUUGGUACAUGAACAAAUUAACUAGUGUACAGUUUGUUGUCUUGUAGACAUUUUAAUUUGCUAAAAUUUUAACUAUUUCUACUAAUAUGUAUUGCUUUUGGUAUUUCCUGGGUUAAUAAUUAAUCCUGUGUACAAUAAUUAUUAUUGUACACAGGAAGUGAAAGAAAUAAGUGACUUAUAGCUUCAUUGUCUCCAUGCAUUUGUCUUGAAUUAACUUUAAUGUCGUGGUAAAAAGACUGUGAGUUUUAGAAAAAACAUAUCAUGUUUUGCCUUCAUUUGUGAUUACAAAAGCAUGUGUACAGAAACCAGCUGUUUUAUGUUAUUAUCUAUUAUAUUCAAUUUGCUGCUAGUUUGCAAAUAAUUUUAUUGAAGUUCUAAAACAUGUUAAUAUGUAACACAUGUGAAGAUAUUAGGAUCAUUUAUUUGAGGAAAAAUAAGACGCGUCCUAAAUAAGACACAAACUCUCCCGUGUAAAUGGCACACUUCUCUGAAAUUUACCUAAGACGCGUCUUAUCUAAGACCAACCCUUAACACCUGUUCUUCGAUAAGAGGCGUCUUAGCUAAGUUGCGUCUUAAUGUGCCGUUUAUACAGGAUAGUUUGUGUCUUAUUUAGGACGUGUCUUAUGUAAGACGCAUCUUAUUUUUCCUCAUAUAAAUGGCGCUAUUGUGAAACAAAAUUGACUAGUUUGUGGUCUUAAGCAAAAUUUGUGGUUUUAAUGGUCAUUCCAAGCUAUCCUUGGAGCCUUUACAUUUUCUCUAAACUCAACCCUAUUAAAAAUACGCAGCCCAUUUAUAAGCCCCCCUCCCCCUCCUGGUGUCCAUACUUAUGGGGUUUGACUGUGUUUCUUUUUGUAUUUCUAGAGCACAGAAUCAUUUUCUAUGUAAACUUUGUUGGUCUUUGCAUUUAUCAUAUUUCAGAGUGGACAGACUGCAAAUUAUAUAUAGUAGUUGCUAAAAAAUAUAUAUCUACGUGUCGCAACUGUUCAUCGGUAGGAUGCCUAAAAUGCGUGCAAUUCCACAAUUGGUUUUGGCUCCAUUAAAUAUUAUACCAACGGCAGAACAUUUUAGGAAGAGCCACCCACCAUCUGAGCACAGUCACAGACAACACAUAUAAGUCAGGAAAAUAAUGCAAAGUAAAAUUAAGACGUUAAUUAACGAACUAAAUGUACAUGUCAAUUACAUAAAUAAAGAAAUAAUGCGCGCGCUCAAAAUAAAAUUGUAUGAGCACACGUACCAAGAUACAACUGAAACGCAUAUUUGAAGGUUAGAUGCACAAAAUGUGAUGCAUGAUUUUGUGAUUAGAUGCCCAAUUCUCACAUAAGACAUGACAACCAGCUUACAAGUGCAAAGUUCUAUAAAGUAAACCAACUCUCACACUUUCAACAGUCAGACUCUCAGUGAAUGUGUUUGUUUUUGUAAAAUGUUGUAGUUGUAGGGUGCAUUUAUUAUUUAUUAUUUAUUAUUUAUUAAUUACUUUAUUAUAAAUUCAUUGUAAUGUACCGAACUUGUGGGGCACAAAAUAGCUCGUUUAAAUUAUAAAUCCUUCUUUUACUUAAAUCACCAUCUGCUCGUACAUUUCCUCUCCGACCAAUCUCAACAAAAGGUGAUUUUGCAUUACUCUCUUUUUCAGCUACUACGAUUUCAAAUGUCAAUCAAAAAAAAGGAUAACACUAAUAUGAUACUAAAAGAGUCACAUCCGGUUUAAAUGAGUGUCACGACAUUUCCGGUCACGUUUCGGUCAGUAAUAUGUAUCAGGAUAAUUUUAAUGAUUUCACUUUGUCAGCUUUCAAUCCUCAUAAUUAAUUAGGAAUUUAAACAGUAGUAAGAUAAUAAUUUUGAUUCUCUUACAGUACUUCUGUCAUGUGAAUUCCCCCCCCCCAAAAAAACUUCAAUUGCCUGUCAGCCAAGUUAAGGAUAGAUGUUACUAGCCCAGUUGCAAAUCCACUAGCCCUGGGCUAUCAGCCACAACUUUCUAUGCACACUGCCUUUUAUGUUUUUUAAGUCAUGCAGUGGGUCUCUGACGUAACCUUCUGUGAAAUUUUGGAGAAAAUCUAGAGUGAAUCUAAAUUUUAGAGAAAAACUUCUAUAAAUGUUCAGUUGCUACUUUUUUUCAAAAAAAGAUAAUUUGAAUCUCAACAAUAAUAUUUUUUUUAUUACUAACAAAGGAAGAAUGUCAUGCUUCUUGGGUUUCUUACCCGACAUAUUCUUUUAUGUGAUAAUAAAAAGUAGUCUGCUAAUUCUUACUUUUUUCGUCUUUUUUUUGUGCCUCAGGUUUUCGGGUGUUUUUGUCAACAUGAGCUUGACUUUUCAAAAAGCAGAUAUGCAGGCUGAUUUGGACUGGUGGUCACGCAAUCAUGGAACAGGCAUGCCACAAAACUGGCCAGUCUUUGAGGUAUUGAACGUACUCUUUUGCACUGUUUUGCCUAUUUUAUAGUUGGACAAUACAAAGUGGUGUUUUGGUGUGUAUUUCUUUGGGAAAAUUUUUUCUUCUGAAGUUUGAUUAAUUAUAAAUUUUCUAAUUCCCUUAGCCCUUACUCAUGAGCAGUAAUAAAACACGUUGUGGGUGGCUCCUCCUAAAAUGUUCUACAAUUGGUGUAGGAUUUAAUGGAGCUGAAACUAAUAUUGUUGAAUUGCACACAUUUUAGGCAUCCUACUGAUGAACAGUUAUGACUGUUAGAUUUUUCAAGCAAUAACAGUUUACCGUUUGUCCUCUUUGAAUGGUUAUAAAAAAUGGUGAUCAAUUCCCCUACAAACAUGGCAAAAAACAUCAAGAUAGUAACAAAAUGAAUAUCGAGUCCUUAUGCAAAACAGUGUAUAAUGUUCAGGGCUGUCGCUAAUGUUUCAAGUUGCCGGGUAUAUGUGAUUGGUAGGAGAGGAAGUGUACAGGAAGGAAGUUCUUCUGGUUCCAUUUUCCUUUUGUUUCCUAUGAGAGUAGCCGGGGUUCAUGCUCAUAGUAGCCAGGGAAAUCCCCAGCCCCCGGCUCUUAGUGACAGCCCUGAAUGUUAUUUACCUCAUUCAUGAGCAAGAAAGUACAAAAACCCAUGUUAUACAUGUAUCUUUUCCAGGCCUUUUUUCUUCCCUAGUGAUGUUAUUAGAUGUUACAAAAUAUAUUCCUCCUGUAUUGAUCUUGGUCGUGAUUUCCAUAAAAAUCAAAACUAUAAUUUAAUCCUCAAAUGUGAUUGGGCACCGGCUGUCCUGAUUUUGGCAUUAAUAGGACAUCUUUUUUUUGUGCAUGACUGAUUAGACAGUGCACACAAUCGUAAGCACACAAAACUUAAUUUGGUCUAAUUUGGUCUGUAAUCAUACUCAUAAAAUGAACAAAUCAGACUCUCCCUAUGUUAUUACAGACUGAACUGGACUCCACUCAGUCAUCUUACCAUUAUCGAUUACAUGAAAGUGGAACUGCAGUUUUUUCAACUUCCCACCCAUCCCAUGUAGUGGCAAAUUCUUCAUUCAGUGACAUCCACUGUGGUUAUAUUCCCACCACUCGGUAUGGGAGGGAGGGAAGCAUAGCAUAGCCCCAUAGCAUUUUUUAAUAUUAGAGUUUUGAUGUUAUUUUAUUACAUAUUAGACGGACAGUUCGUAGUCACUAUAUAUGUAGUUAGCUAUUCUUAUCCACAGAGCCCAAGAUAAGCAGUGGUCACUGAACACAGUGUUAAUUUUUGCUUUCACUCUAGCCAAGGCAAAAAUAACCCUUAUUAGUAUUUACGAAAUCAGUGAAUAGCAAUUUUUGCGCAUUUUGAUUGGCUCCCAUUACUCGAAAUAUCCUUGGCUAUUCACUAUUUUGGGACUGGAGCCAAGAUGGUGUCUCCCUUUCGAGACAUUUGCGAAAGACGAAACUUGAGCAAUAAAUAAAGCAGUCAUACAAACAAAUACCACUUUGUCUCGUCCGUGUUUACUGGCAGGUAGAAUUUGCAACAAAAGUGGUAAAAAUCACUUGACAAAAUCCCCAAAAUGUUUGUAAAUUGUAAACAAAGUUCCUACUAGGUGACAUUUUUAAGUUACAAAAAGUUAUUGUCUUUAUUUUUAUCCAACUGAUUUGGUAAAUACUAAAACAACUAUCCCCCUCCUGGUUUGUGAACAGCGUCUCGGUAUAUCCACCACUAUUCACCUCCCCUUCGGGGGAUAGUUGUAUAUCAUUCUUGUUAGAGUGAUCCUUGUUUUAUGCCCUGUGUAGGAAGGAAAGUUUGCCAUUAAAGAGCUGCAAAACAGAAAAACAUAUAAAAAACAUCUCACAUCUCAAAGAAAAAAGGAAAUAAAAAGCAAUGUAUCAACUGAGGUGCUUAGCAUUGAGGGGUCACUCCACAAACCUGAAGUUGUUCAUUUUGAGGCGCAUAACCAAGAUAGAGAGAAAGACUCAUUUGAUCUUAUCAAUUUAAACUCAGAACACAGCAUUCAGAGAGGGUCAUUUAGUAGCAUUGAGUCAAACAGUAGAAAUGGUGAGUUACAUGUAAAUGAAAGGGUUGUGAAUGAUGUAGGAGAGCCCCAAGAUAGAUCACUUUCAUCCAGUGUUCGUACUGUGCGGGAGACAUGUGGCAGUGGUACAGAAGCAGUUUAUUGUACAAUUGUAGAUAUUACAAGUAGUGAUCAGACAGAUAGUGGAACUAGGUCAAAGGAAAUCAAGGCUGCAGAGCAUGCAAGUCCAAAACAGGUUUCAAAUUUCAUAUCCAGUGGCACUACCUGUGCAUCAAAUCAAUUCCGUACAGGUGUCAUACAUAAUUUGGAGGAGACACAAGACAGAGAUAUUGUAGGUAUGACUAGAAACGGAGAGGUCAAUACAGAGUUCAUUUAUUGUGAGAUAAUGGAUAUGACAGUCACACCUGAGGUAGUUAGUGAUCUUCAGCUAACAGAAUUCCAGCAGUUAGACUGCAAAGCAUCUUUACAGGCCAGUGUUACACAGUCAGACUUGGUUUCAUCAGUCAGUAAAAAGCAUUUGCAGGCAGACAGUUAUCAGGUGAGGGUCAAAUGGUUAUUGAGUAAAACCACCCUAUUUUUCAUUUUUGGAACUAUGAAACCACAAACUUUGUACCUUUUAAUGACAGGCUCGUGUGAUAAGAACUUUUAGUUUGGCCCAAAAAUCUUGUAUGCUCAAAAUCAGAGGGAGUCGAGGAUGUAUUCUUCGGUGAUAUGCUGAUAAAUUAUGGUGAAUAUGUGAACAAUGAUUUAGAGGUAGCACAUCCACAAAGUGCUUCAUCACCUACCAUUCCUUAUCGAUUGGAAUUUGGCAAAAACUGGCAUACCUGGGGAAAAACCACUCUGAGCAAACAAGAUAACCAACAACAAACUCAACCCACGUAAUUAUGGCGUCAAUGCCAGGUUUGAACCUGGACCUCAUUGGUGGAAGGCGAGCGCUCCUACCACUGCACCACCCUAGCUCCUCUGAUGGGUAUAUUAAUUAAGCAGUUUUUACGGUCAGUGAUGUUCCACUAGCUGUAAAAAGUUUUUUUUGUUGUUGUGAGUUGAGCCCUUCAUUUCCAUUUUUGUUGUUGUGAUGUUCUUAUAGGAGUACAAUGAAGUACCACUUAAACGGUCCUCAACACGAAGUCAUGGGCAUGCAGCAGCAUAUCCUGGCACACAGAAUCACAUUGAAGACAAUACCGAUUACUCUCACAAAAAUGAAACGUAUGUUUGGUUGUACUUAUUGAAAUGUAUUGGCCAUUUAAAUCCUUUUUCAGUGUAAAGACUUAAAUGCACACCAUCUUCUUAGGGAACUUGAUGUAAUGCGUAAGUUAGGGUUGCCAUUUUCUGGUCAAACAACAAACUGCAUGAUUUUUAAUUUAUUACAAACAUAAACUCCAUACAAGUUACUUGGAGAUGUUGUGGUUCAAUUUUAUCCUUAGUUUAAAUUUUUUUUCAUAAUAUAUGAUAAUGAGUUUUAAACAAAGGGAAAUAAAUUUAAGCCAAGGACAAAAUUGAACCACAACUUAACAGAGACUUCCUGCUUUUUUUAACCAGCAAUUGAUUCAUAGGAGGUAAUGCUCAGAACUUUUGUUGGGCCUUUGGACAUUAUGUGGGUUUGGGUUUAUUGGCCUAAUAGAACAUUUGGUGGCAUAAAAAUAAUAUUAUUGAACCUUAUUUUCACCUCCCCAUUGUGGGGUACCAGCAGCGGCUGCAUCUAACAGGUCUCAGUUGUUAUUACAUUGCAAUACUUGAUAUGGCAUGUUGGUAGCACAAUCCAGAGAAAAUGUCUAGGAAUUCCAUAUGAUCUUCGAUGUCAAAAAACUCUAUUUAACCAUUGCAGCCACAAAGAACAAGUUUGUAUGGUAUCCAACUUUGCUCCACCAUACUUACCUCAGUAAAAAAGAUAUAUUUCCCUGGUAGAUGGGAAAUCUGUUCAAUUGGCAGCAUUAAGGAAGUUAGAACUACAAAAAUCCAUGAUAGAAAUGUGACGGUGAAUUUUAAGCGUGGAGAAUACACUGAUGAGAAAGUUUUUAUUCCGUCAGUGGCACAGGCAGCUUGGAAGAAGAAAUCCGAGGUCUGUUCGACUCCUUUUGGGAGUAUUUGGAUUUUUUCUUGCGGGCGUCCUGUCUCACUGACGGAAUAACAUCCUUUUCAUUUAAAAAUCCAGUUUGUUUUUUGUAAACAGUAAGUGAAAGGAUAGUAAGAUCUUUUAUUGUUAUGAUUACUAUUUGUAAAUAGGCUUUUUAUCAUGAUUGUUGUAAUUUAUUAUUAUCAAUUUUGUUUUUAGAGGGCCACUAGGGAGAAUACUUUUCGUAGUAAUUGCUGUCACCCUCUUAAAAUAAAGGUUAUAUAAUGCACAUAAAAUUAGAAUGCAAAUUCUGAGUAACAUCGAGAUCUUGCGUCAGAAUAGUGUAUCACUCUAGGUAUUUGUCAAUACCAUUUUGAUUUCUUUUUCGUAGUGUUGAGCAUAAUCCAUUCAACAAUUACACAUCAACAUCAAAUGAUGACUUCAGUGACCAAGCUGGUACGGAUGAGUGGGAGCCGCCACCUGUAGAAGAUGCUGGUAUUCCAGUCAGGGCUUUGUACGACUUUCAAGGUAUUGAAGAUGAUGAGCUGAACUUCAAAGAAGGAGAUGUGCUCACUCAACUCUCUUCUCAAGAUGACCAGGGAUGGUGCCAGGGGAGAUUCCAAGGAAAAGUUGGGCAUUUUCCUGGCUCCUACGUUGAACCUCUGUAAGGAAAAACUGCUUGGUGUUUAUCGCAAUAGUAGGUCAUGUUACUCAGGAACUUGCAUCUAGGUUUCCUUGAAUCCUUAGACCCCGAAAGCAGAUCAUAACUACUUGAAAUGUAGUUGAAACAUCCAAAGUCUGCUAACAAGUUCGUAGGUCGGCUGAAGCAGUUUUUAUGAAGUCUACUCGGGGAUCAUUAUUUUGUGAGAAACUAUUAUAUGGAAGGUCAAAAUUAUUUAGCAUUUUUUCAUGAAUGAGUUUUUAGAAGGUUUGAGGUAUGUCAAGUGACACUCAAUUUAUGCUUGUAAUCUGAAUCUUCAGAUAAAACAAUAAUUAUUUUACAAUAGAAAUAGAGGUAUACCGGUAAACAGAGACGAACAGAGGAGCCUGCAUAAGAAGUGUUAUUUAACAAAUCACAGAAAUUGGAGAUGCUCCAUGCUCAUGUCUUGCGUUGUACUCAAUUAGACUGCUAGCUUUAUGCCUGGCUAAAUAAGGUGUGUUAUGCAGGGUUUUUGUGUCACAGCAAGGUAUUGUUGUUAGACUCGCUCUCGCUUGAAUCAGUCAAUGUAAACUGAAUAUAGUGUUGUAAUAUUUGUGGAGUUGUUAUUAAUAGUAAUGUUUCACUGAAGUGUAAUAUUUUGUAGAUUUUGUACUCCACAGUCAAAUCACUCAUGUUAUUAUUAUAUAAGUGUUUGAAUUUAAGCAAAGGUCUGAUAAAAUAAGUCAGAGCAACUGAAAAUACUGUAGAAUGCAAUGUUAUUAAUAUGGAAGUCAAUUUAUGCAAUAGAAAGUGGAAAGAUGGAAAUAGAAAAUGCGUUCUCUGUUUCAAGAGACUUACACACACCAGUAGAAUGUUCAGGCGAAAAGGCAAUAAAAUCCUGGUUGUAGCCAUUUAUUAAAUGCCCCACUCUUUCUAUGACAUUACUCUAAGAGAGGGGAAGGGGUAUGGGACUAUGGAACCUUAAGCCAAAACAAUACCAAGUCCAGCUGCCUUUUGCAGCCCCGUUCUAUAUUUAGCAACAAAAUCCCAGCUAGUAAAUUUAUUACCAUAGCUUUCUAGAAACUAGGAAAAAGAGUUUUCUAUUUCUUUUAUAGUAUAGCAGUAACACUGCAAAUAAUCUCUACAGCUGGCAAUGAUAUUAGUGGUGUUUGUUAUAUUUUGUUGUUUUCUUUGUUGUUGUUGUUUAUUUUUGUUGUAGCCCUUCUGAGAGAGGCUAUUUCAAGAAGGUUUUUGUGUUUAAAGCAUAGUACAUUUGAACCUUUUUUUUUCUUUCACUCCGAGGGUCAAUUUAUUAAAACUUUACAAGAGCAAUUUACUAGCGUAGCCAUUGGUUUAGAGGGUGAAAACAAUUUCUACACUUAAAAAUUACACUGUCCUGUAAAAGUUUUGUUAAAUUGACCCUUAGACAAAGUUAGGGCGAGAUUAUUUGCCACUCUGACUGGCUAACUUAGCUCUAAGUUUGUGAACGAAAUUUUAUGGGGUUGCCAUACUUACUACUUAUUUAGGAUUUUUAAAAAAAGAAAUUUGAUCUUGUGUUGUUUUUUCUUUGGUUUCUAAUGAGUGAUUUGAACCCUGUAGCUAUAAAAAUAACUUUGUUUUGUUUUCACAAGUGAAAGAUUAAAUUUGCGAACAUUAUGCUGGAUGAUCAGUACCCAAUAGAAACUUUUAGUAAAAUGUUAGGUAGCGUAAAACGUAGAACAUAGCUAUCAAGGAAUAAUAUGUUAACCAUUAGCAUAAUUUCAGUUAUUUUAUGUUGGAGAAACUAAAGAGCGCACGCUUCUCGUGCAUGAGUGAACUCUUGUCAGCGAUUAUUUUUAAGUCUUGCUUUGUGAUAGGGCACCGUGACAAGGUUCCUUUCUUCGUCAUUGUAACUUCUUAUACUUAGUAUAUAAUGUAAAGGUCAUACGAAAAUCUCCUAUAUGCCAAAAAUGAUGCUACCGUACUGUAUAAGGUGGCUGAAAUAGUGUACAAAAUAUUGCAUCAACGUGAAAUGUGAGGGAACGUCGUGCGCUGAGAAGGCGGAGUGGACAGUUGUUCCCCUCAUUCCUUCUACUCGAGGCUCGCUCUCAUGUACAAGUGCGUGACGUCCCUUUUGAGCGCCCAAACAUAAAGCAGCUUACAAAGCUAAGGUAAAGCCUUUAGGGGUAACAUGGUAACUAUUUUUAUAAUAAUGAAAUGAAAUUUAGCCUGAAAAACCUCUAACGCAGUAGGUUAGGGUAUUUAAGUUGCAGAAUAAAGCACCUCGAGG